GCUCUGCCUGGGGAGGAGGAAGAGGAGGGUUUUGGAGCACUGCUGGGGUCUGGGGUGGCUGCAGGGACCUCUGGAGUGGGGUGCUCCCUUUGGAGAGAGGUGUUUUCCUUGGGGAGCUGUUCUUCCCUGCCUCUUUCCUCUCCUCCUCCCCUGCCUGUGCCGGGCUGGAGCGGGCUCUUCCCCGAGCAGGGAUGAUGCAGGAGCUGGUGGCUGGUGUGGAGAAGAUCAGGUUUGACUCGGAGGCUGACGUGGAGGAGCUCGGAGCUCGACCCCUGCCCUUCCUGGGGGUGGACAGUGUCCAGGGCCACCCCCAGCCCGGCGGGGCCAAGCCCACGGUGUGCAAACAUUGGCUGCGAGGGCUCUGCAAGAGGGGCGACGGCUGCGGCUUCCUGCACGACUCGGAUGCCAGCAGGAUGCCCGAGUGCUGUUUGUACUCCAAGUUCGGCCAGUGCAGCAACAAGGACUGUCCCUUCCUGCACCUCGAUGGCACCGCCAGCACCGUGGGCUGUCCCUGGUACGACCGAGGCUUCUGCAGGCACGGUCCCCUGUGCAAGUACAAGCACACCAGGAGGGUGAUGUGUGCCAACUACCUGGUGGGCUUCUGCCCCGAGGGACCCAAGUGCAAAUUCGUGCAGAAGCUGGAUAUCCCUGGGGGCUGGUACAGCGGGACCUGGCUGCUGCAGAGGAGAUGGGAGGUGAGGAUGUGCCACCCAAGGAGCCACCUCCCCGUGGCACCCAGCACCUGGCAGCUCCUCUGUGGGACACCAGCCGCUGUCCCCAGAGCCCACAGAGCCUGCUGGAAGGAGGAACCUGCUCCAAGAGCGGAUCAGGCAGUCCCUGUGCCAGUGAGAGCGGGAGGACUCGGCUGGGAAUGCUGCUGGGAGAGUGACUCCAGCGCUGCCACACGGCUCAGGGAAGGAGGACACCACGGAACACGACGGACACGGCACCGGGGCAGCGGCUGGACUAGGAAAGGCAGCAGGGUUUGGCCAGCACCAGCUCACAGUUGGCACAGGCAGCACAGAAAUCACUCCACACCACGGCAGUCACAGCUGGCUGCUCCCCCUGGCACUGCUGGCUGAGGGCAGGCCGGGGCAGCUGCAGCAUUCCCGAGGUUUUCAGGGGUGCCAGGAUCCUGGGCACAGGGGUGAGGAUGUGCUCACCCCUUGGGAAAGGGGCACAAAGCACCACGUUUCACGGCACAACCCAAGCAGGAAAGGAAAAUCCACACAGGUUUUUAUCGCUGGUGAGAGAGUUUUUGGUGCAACACCUCUGACCACGGCACUACUGCACUCUGCAGAAUAAAGAGCUCAGACUUUUAA